AUGUCCUUCCCGCAGCUGGGCUACCAGUACGUGCGGCCGCUCUACCCGCCCGAGCGGCCGGGCAGCGGCGGCGCCCGCGGCGGCGCCGAGCUCGCCCCGUCCGGGAGCCUCUCCAACGUGCUCUCCUCCAUGUACGGCGCGCCCUACGCCGCCGCGCAGGGAUACGGAGCCUUCCUGCCCUACGCGGCCGAGCUGCCCAUCUUCCCGCAGCUGGGCGCGCAGUAUGAGCUGAAGGAGAGCCCGGGGGUACAGCACGCCGCCUUCCCCCACCACCACCCCGCUUUCUACCCCUACGGGCAGUACCAGUUCGGCGACCCGUCGCGGCCCAAGAACGCCACCCGCGAGAGCACGAGCACGCUCAAGGCCUGGCUCAACGAGCACCGCAAGAACCCGUACCCCACCAAGGGCGAGAAGAUCAUGCUGGCCAUCAUCACCAAGAUGACCCUCACCCAGGUCUCUACCUGGUUCGCCAACGCGCGCCGCCGUCUCAAGAAGGAGAAUAAAAUGACCUGGGCCCCCCGCAGCAGGACUGAUGAGGAGGGCAACUCCUACGGGAGCGACCACGAGGGGGAAGAGGACAAGAGGGAGGACGAGGAGGAGAUCGACCUGGAGAACAUCGACACCGAGAACAUGGAGAGCAACAAGGACGAGCUGGAGGACGAGCUGCAGGAUGCUGAGCUCCUGCACUCCGACUCCAAGACGGACUCGGAGGGCUCCGAGGGCUUUGAGGACCUGCCCGGCUCCGAGGAGCGCUACCUCAAGGGCGCCGAGGGGGAGCCGCACCACCUCCACCACCACCACCUCCACCAUCACCACCACCACCUCCACCACCACAAGUGCGAGCUUCCCGCCGCCGCCGCCACCACAGCCCCGGCCGGCCUCGAGCCCCUCAAGGCGCCCCCGCCACCCCCGCACCACCUCUCCCCGUCGUCCUCCGCCUCCUCCUCCCCGACAGACGGCACUUUGGGCGGCUCCGCGCCCAAGCCCAAGAUCUGGUCGCUGGCCGAGACGGCCACGAGCCCGGACAACCCGCGCAAGUCGCCCGGCGCCAACUCGCCCCCGGCGGCCGCCCCGCAGCCGCUGCCGCCGCUGCCGCCCCACAGACUGAUGCCCCCCUGCCCGCUGGGCAAGUUCCCCAACUGGACGGGGCGCCCCUUCCACCACCAGCACCACCAGCACCACGCCGCGCACCCGCUGGCCUUGCUCGGGCCCCCGCACCUCCUGGGGCUCGGAGCCGCCGCCGCCGCCCCCGCCGCCUUCCCGCGACCCGCGGAGCCGGCGCAGAGCGCGGAGCCCGCCGGAACAGAUCGAUCUAGUGCCUUGGAAGUAGAGAAAAAGUUAAUAAAGACAGCUUUCCAGCCCGUUCAGAGGCGGUAAGAGAUUACUUCCUCGAUCUCCUAAGAAUAUAUAGAGAGAGUUGUAAGUGGUUAGCUUAUUUUCUCCUCUUCUCUGGCUCCUUUUGUAGGGCGGUAACUUUUUCUGCCUUAGCAGUGUGGUGGGUUAUUCUGAUUUCUU